UGUUUUGGGACUGAAGCUGAUCAGCUUGAAGCGGUGCACCUUGUAGGAGUCCACCAGCCAGCCGCUCUCCUGAUCCUCACCCUCGACAUCCCGCGGAUCCGGGGCAUCCAACUGGGUGUGGCCCAGUUCCUUGGAGAAGCAUCUCAUCAUGUGGCAGUUACAGCCAAGUUUCUGGAUCUUCUUGGUUUUGGUGGUUCCUUCCAUCAGAGCUGCCUACGAGGACUAUCGUUUGCCCAGAUCCGUGGAACCCCUGCACUACAACCUGCGAAUUCUCACACACCUAAGUGGCACAGAGCAAAGUUUCGAGGGAUCGGUUAAAAUAGAUCUCCUGGCCCGGGAGAGCACCAAGAACAUCACCUUACAUGCCGCGUACCUGAAGAUAGACGAAAAUCGAACAUCAGUUGGUGCUGGACAGGAAAAGUUUGGAGUUAAUCGCAUUGAAGUGAAUGAGCUGCAUAACUUCUACUUCCUGCACUUGGAUCAGGAACUAGAGAAGGAUCAGAUCUACCAGUUGGAAAUGCACUUUGAAGCCGGCUUGAAUGACUCCCAAAGUGGCUACUACAAAAGCAACUACACGGAUGUAGUUACCCAGGAAGUUCAUCACCUGGCAGUCACUCAGUUCUCACCCACCUUUGCCAGGCAGGCGUUUCCCUGCUUCGACGAACCCUCCUGGAAGGCCACCUUUAACAUAACCCUGGGCUACCAUAAGAACUACACGGGAUUGAGUGGCAUGCCUGUUCUCGGUUGUCAAGAUCAUGAGAGUCUUACAAACUAUGUAUGGUGCGAUCACGACACACUCCUAAGGACCUCGACCUAUUUGGUGGCCUUUGCUGUCCAUGAUCUGGAGAAUGCCGCCACCGAGGAGAGUGACACCCGCAACAGGGUGAUCUUUCGCAACUGGAUGCAGCCCAAGUUGUUGGGUCAGGAAAUGAUUUCCAUGGAAAUGGCCCCGAAGCUGCUACCCUUCUACGAGAAUUUGUUCCAAGUUAACUUUCCGCUGGCGAAAGUCGAUCAGCUGACGGUGCCCACUCACAGGUUUACGGCAAUGGAGAACUGGGGUCUGGUCACCUACAAUGAGGAGAGAUUGCCCCAAAACCAGGGCGAUUAUCAGGCGCAGAAGGAUGGUUUUGCCCGCACGGUGGCCCACGAAUACGCCCAUCAGUGGUUCGGAAAUCUGGUCACCAUGAAGUGGUGGAAUGAUCUCUGGUUGAAGGAAGGUCCAUCCACCUACUUCGGCUACCUGGCCCUCGAUGCUUUGGAGCCCGAAUGGUCAAGAGGAGAGCGCUUUAUAUCGCGGGACUUGGCGAACUUCUUCAGCAAGGACUCGAAUGCAACGGUGCCUGCCAUCUCCAAGGACGUAAAGGAUCCUGCCGAGGUUCUCGGCCAGUUCACGGAGUAUGUGUACGAGAAGGGAUCGCUGACCACCCGCAUGCUGCACAAACUUGUCGGAGACGAGGCCUUUCUCCAGGGAAUUCGAUCUUUCCUGGGAAGCUACUCAUUCACAAAUGUUGCCCAAGCUGAUCUUUGGAAAUCCCUGCAAAAGGCUGCUCUGCAAAACGAGGUUAUUUCCUCCGACUUCAACCUGAGUAGGGCCAUGGAUUCUUGGACCCUGCAGGGUGGCUAUCCCUUGGUAACCCUCAUUCGGAACUACGAAACUGGUGAGCUGACCCUCAACCAGAGCAGGUUCCUCCAGGAGGAGGUGGUGGAUAAGGAUUCAGCCUGUUGGUGGGUUCCUCUGAGGUUCGUUAGGCAAAAGCUACCUGACUUUGAUCAAACUACCCCACAGUUUUGGUUGGAGUGUCCUCUGAGCACAACAGUUCUCAACUUACCCCAUCUGACAUCCCCUGACGAGUGGAUCUUACUGAAUCCCCAAGUAGCCACCAUCUUCAGAGUUAACUAUGAUGACCACAACUGGCGCUUGAUAAUAGAAAGUCUGAGGAAUGAUCCCCAAUCUGGUGGCAUUCACAAGUUAAACAGAGCUCAGUUGCUGGAUGAUCUCUUGGCUUUGGCUGCGGUCAAAUUACAAAAGUACGAUAAAGCUUUCGAUUUGCUGGAAUAUCUGGAGAAAGAGCAGGACUUUUUGCCUUGGCACAGGGCCAUUGGUAUCCUCAAUCGCCUGGGAGCAUUGCUGCGUGUUGAGCAGGCAAACAAAUUUAAGAACUACAUGCAGAAGCUACUUUUGCCAUUGUACAGCCGCUUUCCCAAGUUAUCGGACAUAGCUGAGUCUAAGCUGGCCAUCAAGGACAUUCCAUUCGCCAACUUUGCAUACUCACAGGCCUGUCGUUACCACGUGGCUGAUUGCACGGAGCAGGCCAGGAUGCUGGCUAUAACCCACAGAAAUGGAGGUCACUUGGAGCUGCCCUCCGAUAUCCAAAAGGUAGCCUACUGCUCGCUGCUGGAAGAAGGCGGCGAUGCUGAGUUCCUGGAGAUAUUCGAACUGUUCCAGAACUCCACCAAUGGAUCUCAGAGAAGGAUACUGGCAUCUGCCCUCGGUUGCAUUCGAAACUUCCAGAACUUCGAACUGUUUCUAAACUAUACACUGAAAUCGGACGAGAAGCUUUUCAGUGACUGCCAUAUGUUAGCAGUGACAACCGCCCUAGAUAGGGAACAUUUGGUAUCGCAGACAGAGAACUAUAUUCUCAGCCAUACAAAGAUACUGGGUGAAAAAUUCAAGAAGAAAGAGCUCACGGGACUGUUGCUCAAUUUGGCUGCGAAUCUUCAGAGCUCAGAGGAAAUCGAUCUACUUGAAGCGCAUUUAAAAGACCUCAAAGAGUUUAACGAGCCUCUUCAGAAAGCGCUAUAUCAGAGCAAAAUGAACCAGAAAUGGCGGAUGGAUUGCACCAGCGAUUUUAUCGCGGCUAUAGAGAAGCACUUGUAAGCAGCUUCCCACUUAGUCUUGAACUGAUUUUUAGCUUUUAGUUUAGUUUAUCAAGAUUUUUAAUAAAAGCAUCUAUUACAAGAGGUGUGUGAUGACAUGAA